AUGCAAAAUGAUGAUUUAUUCAAAACGUCUUAUGGAGUUGGACAUCACUGGAGGAAAGGGCUUUAUUUUCCUGAUUCUGACACAAUGGCCAAACUUAGUAAAAGACUUACAAGGAGUUUAGAGCCCGAAUCUGAAGUUGAGUUUGACGAUCAGUAUCAAACGUCAAACAGGCUUGCGUACGAUCGGAAGGUCCCAAAGGAUUUUUUGAAGUGUCCACAAAAUCCUCUACCACCUCAUCACUGGGAUGUUCACUACAUAAAUGAUUUUCGUUCACGAUUUCUCCGUGGCGGCUACAGAAGACCGCUAAGCCCAAGUCAUCAGACAACUGAAACAAAAGAGUCAUAUGGUAGUGUUGAUGGGCUCAGUGAAUUAUGGCGUCCAUUAUCAAUGCGACCUUUUGAAAUCAAAGAUCAUCAUAAGGAUGGACCAUCCAAAAAAAUAAUCCCGUCUACUAAAAAUGCCAAUUUGUCAGGCAGAGUGUUAUAUCCUCGGGACAAAGAAAUAUUAAGAUGCCUGGAUCCAUAUCUUACGACAUAUAUGAAAGAUCAUAGGGUUUGGAAACCUAAAGAACUAAAAGAAAUAUCUCAAGAGAAUAUGCCGGCAUACUGGAAUUCAACAGACAACCUGAGGUCAAGCGUGUUUGGUUUAGACUCAAAACCAAUAACAAAACAAGGCAUUGGAAACGAAAAAAAACCUAUGAUUGACACACUGAAGUUUAAUUAUCCGACAGACAGCACUAGAGUACAACCGAUUUCUCAUCAUGUAGCACAUACUUUUGAAAGCACUUACCAGUCGGAAUACAAACAGCCCAAUAGUAUAUUAAGAAAAGCGGACAAAGUGUGCCCGAUAGAGACACCAUUCAUUUUGCCAGAUCCUGGAACUGUCCUAGUUCAUGCUGCACCAAAUAUGUAUAAAACGGAAUAUUCUGUUAUAGGUGAAUAUCAAAAAACACUACUGUAA